UCAUUAUAGCGAAGUGAAUCUGACACACAUUAACCCUGUCUAAAUAUGGCAGAACAUAAUGGCGUUAUUAAACCACUCGAUCCAAGUGUUAUUGCCAAAAUAGCAGCGGGAGAAGUCGUACUACGCCCCGCAGCAGCCAUUAAGGAACUUAUAGAAAAUAGUAUAGAUGCAGGUGCAACGGAAAUAAAAAUAAAUAUCGCAGAUAACCCUUUGGAAUAUGUCGAAGUAAGCGAUAACGGUCAUGGAAUAUCACCAGAAGAUAUGCGAUUGGUUUGUAAAAGGUACACGACUUCCAAAACUCAUGAUAACAUUGUUGGAGUGAAAAGCUUUGGCUUCCGUGGAGAAGCAUUGGCAGCACUAUCGCACGCAUCAAAUGUCACUAUUUCAUCUAGAACAUGUAAACAAACAAUGCGCUUAGUAAUGAAGUACCAUAAUGGAGAACCGUUGGUUGACAUUGCAGAUGAAAAGGCUGGUCCAGUUGGAACAACCAUUACAUAUGAAAAUCUAUUUUUCAAUAUGGGAACACGUGAAAAGGCAUUGUCGAGUAGCCCAAGCGUAGAAUUUAAUUUGUGUCUAGAACUGGUUCAGAAUUACGCUAUGCACUUUCCAGACUUUAAGUUUGUGUUUCAUAAAGUUGGGAGCAGUACCAAUGACCUCAUGACUGAUGGAAGCAUAAGAGCGCCUUCAAAUAAUGAUGCAAGUGAUCAUAUAGAUAGUGGGUCAUCACCAGAAUACAAUGUCCCUAACACCGACUAUGAUUAUAAACAUUUUAAUAUGGUCGAUCUCUACCCACCGGAGUCUAACGGAACACCGUCACUGUUGGAAUAUAAAGAUAAUGUCGUAAAGUACAGUAAGAUGCACUUAAGGAAAGUCAAGGAAGUUAUAAGUUUGAUUUAUGGUACAGCAGUUUCAAAUGCUCUAUAUGAAUUCCAAGUCCACUCAACAUCGCAUGUCUAUUAUAACUGCAAAGGCUUCUUCACUCACCCAAACGAAACAAAUAGAUGUCAUUCGUUCAUAUUAUUUGUAAACAAUAGACUCGUAGAACAUCCCGGACUCAAGAAAAAUAUUGAUAAAAUAUAUAAGGAACUUAUGCAUAAAAAACAAAGAAGAUUUGUCUACCUGUCCAUUUAUAUGCCGUAUGAAAGAAUUGACGCCAAUGUGCAUCCUUCAAAAGAAAAGGUAUUUUUCAAACACCAAGAAGAAAUAGUGGAAGAGAUCGGUGAUAAAUUGAGGGAGCGGUUACGCAAUAUUUUGCAAAUAAAUACAGAAAACAUGCAAAAGAGCUCUGUGUUUAUUAAACUGGAGUCUAAGAACAAUGUCGAUAUAGGAGAACCGUUAGUACCACAUCUGAAGCGCGUCUAUGAAGUUUCUGAAAUAUCAAAACCUGCGGCGAAAAGCAAAGUUAGAAGAGAUAGGAAACAAAUGGAAAUACAAAGUUUCGUUAUACCGACAUACAUACAAGAAUCAAAUGCUUCUUUGGGAUCCUCGCAAAUGUCAGAUAUUAACUUUGAUCUUUUAAGCGUAGAUAAUGGUAUGGAUAAUUUAUUUAUGGAACAGAGUACCCAAAUACAAGAUGAAAACUUGCAAGAGUCGGUUGCACCGAUAUUGGGAAAUAUAGAUUUCAACAUGAUGGAAUUUGGAGCCAAAGAAACUAUAUGUAGGGACAUGUGGAAUAUCCCUUUUGUCAAAGAGUCAAUUGAAGAAUUCGAUAAUAAUAGAGAUAAGGAUUUAACAGAAAUAGUUGCUAAAUCCGUUUUUGUCGGACCCAUUGAUGAACGCUAUAUACUACUGCAACAUGAUAAGCGACUCUACAUGGUCGACAUUGUUCAUAUCGCAAAAGAAUGUGCAUAUCAGUCUGUCGUAUGGAGAAUAGGACAGCUACCAAGGAUAUUCAUCAACCCUGGAUUAUCAAUAGUGGCACUUAUAUCGUACGCUCUGGCACGAAAUGAAUACCAUGAAAGGAAUUGCAAUGAAUGUAUUGAUCCAUCACUAUAUAGUGAAAGGGCCUCGUUAAUGAUUCGCCCGUUUAUAGUUGAUAUACUUACUAAAUACUUUGGAUUCACUAUACAAAAUAAUACACUCCUAAGUAUACCAAGGGUUAUUUCAAACUACUUUCCGGGGCAGGAGUAUAUUCCGGACUUAAUACUUGACCUGUUUUCUGUAGACAUUGAAGAAGAAAGAAAUGCAGUGCUGGUUAUAGCUAAGAUAGUCUCAGGCUUUUGGACAUCGCCGCCAAUAAAUAGCAUUACAAUGAAUGAUAAGAAAGCUAACGAGCAGAAUUAUGCACAUUACCUGUCAAAGGUGCUCCUUGUGUCAGUGCAAAGGUUUCCAGAUCUUAGUCUCUCGAAUGACAGGAUUGAAAAGGGCGCCAUUAUAAAACUAGCUGAGCUAGAAUUGUUGUAUCGCAUCUUCGAACGAUGUUAAUGUCAAGCGAUCUCUGAAUUGCGUAUUAAU